UGGACAUGUGACCCUCCACACAGGAAGGAGAGUCAAGAAAUGAGUCAGAGAUUCCUCCUCCGCACAGAAACCAGACAAAGCAGCCUUAAACCCCCAAAACACUACCACCAUCAUCUUCAUCAUCUUCAGCAGCAGCAGCAUGCCGUGCUGCGGAGUCUUGUGUCAGUAUGAAACCAACAAGCUGGUCCGGAUCCAGAGCGUCCGGCUCGGCUCCCUGAAGUGGAGUCUGAACGCAGCCAUCCUGCUGUUUAUCUGCAUCAUGUUGCUGUGGAACAGGAAGUACCAGGAGUUUGACCUGGUCGUGAGCUCUGUCACCACGAAGGUGAAGGGUGUAGCUCAGACCCACCUGCCCGGGGUCGGGGACGUGGUCUGGGAUGUGGUGGACUACAGUGGACCCUUACAGAGCAAAAACUCGUUCUUUGUGGUGACCAACGUCAUCGUGACAAAGAAUCAGAAGCAGGGGAAAUGUCCAGAGGUUCCCCUUAAAGGCAGAAUGUGUCACACUGAUGAGGACUGUGAGAAAGGAGGCUGGGAUCAGAAGAGCCACGGGAUUAAGACAGGAUCUUGUGUGAGGUAUGAUGUGUUGAAGAAAACCUGUGAGGUGUCUGCGUGGUGUCCAGUCGAAACCAAGACGAACCCUCCAAGGCCCGCUCUGCUGGCAGCAGCUGAGAACUUCACCGUCCUAAUAAAAAACAACAUCAGGUUUCCUGCGUUCAACUACAUCCAAAGGAACAUCCUCCCACAGAUGAAUGACGCCUACCUGAGGAGCUGUCAUCGAGGAAAUGACUCACUGUGUCCCAUCUUCAAACUGGGAGACGUCGUUCGAGAGGCCGGAGAGAAGUUCUCUGUAAUGGCCAUAGAGGGGGGCGUCAUUGGCAUCCUGAUCAACUGGGACUGCAACCUGGACCGGCUCAUGCACCGCUGCCGGCCCAAAUACACCUUCAGACGGCUGGAUGAGAAGGAGAGCAACAAGACGCUCUACCCAGGCCUCAACUUCAGAUAUGCAAAGUACAACAUGGUGAACGGAGUGGAGGAGCGAACGCUGUACAAAGCCUUCGGGAUCAGGUUUGAUGUCAUGGUGUUCGGACAGGCGGGAAAGUUCAGCUUCAUUCAGCUCAUCAUCUACAUCGGCUCAACGCUGUCAUACUACGCUCUGACGACCAUGAUGAUCGACUGGCUGAUUGGAACCAGCUGUUACUCUGCAGAGGUCGGACAAAACUACUUUGAGAAGAAGGUGGAGUCAGUCCAAGACAAGCAGAAGUGCAUCCUCUGCGUGUCCUACGUCGACGAGAACAACAUUCGACUGGUGAAGAAAUCGCAGAAGAAGAGUUUACAGGACAGCAAACCGAUUUCUGUUCAGCCACACAAGGAGGACAGUGGACACCUGAGAGCCGUCCUCUGUCUGCUCCAGCCAGCUGAAUCUGACGCUCAGCCUCCCCUCGACCAUAAACCCGACCGCAGACCCCGCCGCCCAGCCUGGUGUAAGUGUGGCCACUGCACUCCGUCCUCCCUCCCUCAGGAGGAGCUGUGCUGCCGGCAGAGCGACGGCGCCUGCAUCACCUCGUCUCCUCUCUUUGAGCAGCUUGUCUUGCGUCGCUCCCUGCUGGAGGCCGUCCUCCUGUACCGGGACCCUCUGUCUCCACCCGCAGAUCGUCACCAGACCUCUGCCCUGCGUCACUGCGCCUACAGUCAGUACAUCAGCUGGAGGAUUGGGGUCCCACCUGAGGACACCCACCCUGCCAUCCCCAGCUGCUGCGUGUGGAGGGUGAGGGAGGAGUACCCGAGCCCGGACGGACAGUACAGCGGCUUCAGACCCGUCAGGAUGGCGUCCAUGCAGGCCUGCGCUAACGGAGAGCUGUGAGAGGAGGGCAGGGACUCCACCGCUGUCUGAGCCACUAACUGUAACUGUUCAUGUUGAACCUGCCUCACAAAGAAAUGCAAUAACUUUAUCAGCUUGUGUUCAGUCAGAGGGGGGUGAGAGGAUGAGGAAAAACCUCACUGAGUCAAUAAAUAACUGCAGUUUCUAACAUCAUCUGUCAAAUCAUUUGGCUGCUCAGUUAGAAUAUAAGCCAUUUCUCAGUUUCACUCCCUUUAAGCAGCCUUUUGCCUUUUAUAGGGCAGAAAUAUAAUUUUUAACAUCACUAACCUGCUCAGACAAAAGAUUUCUGCUGCCAGGAAUGUGUUCAAAUCCCUCACAUCGUAUGGAAAGAUAAAGUUUUGUUCCUACAUGGAAAGAAACUUCUCAAUUUCAAACUGCUAACAGGUCAUGGCAAAGACAGAUAAAGGGUAACUUCAGUAUUUUUUACCAUGUUUUUGUGUCUAACUAAUGAGAACAACAGUUUUUGUAACUGGUCCAGUAUUGAGUGAGAUCGCUGCAAAUGGCAGCAGCAGAACAGACUGCAAUGUAACAUUGAUGAGCAAUUGCACACCGUUAAUGUACGUCCACUAAAAGUGCUUGUUUUUGUCACUGAUGGGCUCAGAUUAUUAUUAUUAUGGGUGUCUGAUCACAUUGCGGAAAGGAUCCCUACAGAGAUACAUCUUUUUUGUUUAAAGGGAUAGUGCACCCAAAAUGGAGAUGCAGUAUGGAGAUAUUUUGUGGUUUCAAUUAUGUGUUUUUGGACGUUUGAAUCUGGAGCACCGUCAGCCUCCAUUAGGUGGAGUUGUGUUGCUACCUCCUCUCCCCUUGGAUCUCCACAAGGGAUGUGAGGACUCUAAAACUUCACCUGAGCCUCCCUCUGCAUAUGGGUGAGUAGAUAAUGGCUGAAUUUUCAUUUUUGGGUGCACUAUCCCUUAAAGAGUAAGGCCCUUUUUUUUAACCAGACACAGCCCCAAAAUUGCCAACAAGAAUGCCCCGAAUGGUUUUAUUGCAGCAUGUUUCGCGGCAGCAGGGGUUUCACUUUCACAAUACUGGACCAGUUUCAAAAGUUGUCGUCACUCAGACCAGUGGUUUUCUAACUUUUUGUGGCCAAGUUACACCAAAGGGCAAAGCACACCUGUUGUUAUAACUAUGUACUGUACAACAGCCAGCUGUACACCUUGGGGAGGUGAGGCGCUCCAGGCCAGAUGAGAUAUGUAAUCCCUGCAGUGUGUUCUGGGUCUGCCCCGGGGCCUCCUACCAGUGGGACGUGCCCAGAACACCUCAAACGGGAGGCGCCCAGGAGGAUCCUGAUCAGAUGCCUGAACCACCUCAACUCUUUUUGACGCAAAGGAGCAGCUGCUCUACUGCGAGCUCCCUCCGGAUGUCUGAGCUCCUCAACCCUAUCUCUAAGGCUGAGCCCAGACACCCUACAGAGGAAAUUCAUAUCGGCCGCUUGUAUUAGCGACCUCAUUCUUUCAGUCACUACCCAGAGCUCAUGACCAUAGGUGAGGGUUGGGACGUAGAUGGACCAGUAAAUCGAAAGCUUCACCUUCAGGCUCAGCUCCCUCUUCACCAUGAUGGUCCGGCGCUGCGUCACUGCAGACGCAGCACCAAACCGACAAUCCAUCUCACGCUCUACUCUACCCUCACUUGUGAACAAGACCCUGAGGUACUUAAUACCUGAUACUUAUGCUGAUACAGUCAAUUAAAAACUAAUUUCAAACUUUUUGUACUGGCCCGGUUAAAUAUUGCAAUAAUAAUGUUAGGUAAAGUUUGCAUCGUGCUGCGGCACACCAUCUGAGAACCACUGACUUAGACACAAAAACAUGGGGAAAACUAGGUCCACGAAAAAACACAUAAAAACAAAGGUAUCCUUUAAUUCAGUGUGUUGAAGACCUGAUUAUAACCCCUAGAGGUGCUGCCCCUAACAACCCUUUUAAAGCUCUGUGAUUGUAGUAACGUGCUGCAUCUUGUUUUUUAAUAUGAACAUAAAUAGAAAUGUAACAACGGUUUGUGGCUUUAUGGGGAGUUCUGUGCUGGAGCUAUUUCUUCAGAUCACAGUCGUGACUCUAAAGUUUCCAGCUUUGGUUCCGUCAUGCCUGACACCAAAAUAAAAAUCUGUUCUUACUGGACAAAUCUGCCAACCUGCACCACAGCCGGAGACACUGCACAGAAAUGUUUGGUGGAUGGAUAAAGUGUUAAGUGUCAGGAAAUUAUUCCAGAUUGUAGCUUCAUCUAAAACCACAAAUAGCUGUAUCUUGUUUUAAGCAACGCCGCUGUUUCCUGCCUUAAUGCUAUGCUAACAGGCUGCUGGCUGUAGCUUCAUAUUAACCAAACAGACAACAGAAGGGUACUGAUCACUCUUGCAAAUAAAUGUAUUUCUAAAAAUGUUGAACUUUGAUGCACAGACAUGAGAUUGAUACCAAUCGUCUAACAAGAAAAGAGAAUAAACCUGUUUCAUAA